GGGUGCCCAGAGAGUCACCCCCCCUCACCGGGGUUGCAUUUUAGGGAUGCCAGAGGCCAUGACGCCUCUGUCAGAGCUGACACCACCUCACCUGACCUCCCUCUGGAAGGGACAGACUGUCUCCUUUCAGACAAGCCAGUCUGGGCCCGAAAAACUCCGUGGGGGUGAGGAAUUUCCCUGUUCAGGGGGCUUCCCCAGGCCUGACUAACCAAAUCCUGACCCUGUGUGCCUGUGGGGGGCAGGGGUAGGAGGGACAGGGAGUUUGAACUCUGAACCCAAGACAGGCUAGGGCCUGGGUGCUGAGACCCUCCACUCAGCUUCUGGCCCCCUUCUGAGGGCUAAAGUUUUUCCCUGGCCCUGUGGGAGAUGGGCGGGGCCUCUCAAGCCAGGCUCCAGUUUCCGUGGAAACCCACAGGCUUCCCACCCACUGCUGCCUGGGCAGGCUCCCAGCUGGGGCCUCAUCCGCUGCCAGCCUCUCCCCAGUCCAGUCUGCUCCACCUCAGCCUCUCUUGUUCUCCUCUCUGAGUCCCCAUCCCCUAGCCCAGCCUCCAGCCUCUUCCACUGGCCUCUAAUGCCUUCUUAAGGAACCUGGGCCUCUCCUGCCCCAUCCCUAAACUUUAGCUUCCAGCAAACAGGCUUCCCAAGCUCCUGCCCCUCCCUUUCUAGUCUCCACACCAGCUGCCAGGCCUGGCCAGGCCUCCUGCUCCUUCCCACCUACCACCUCCCACAGACCGAGAGACAGCAGGCCUCCUAUUCUACCCGCUUACCCCCCUGCCCCCCACCCCCAUGGAGACCCCAGGACUGGUUGUGCACGGGGAGGCUGCGUCCUUCUCCACAGCACUCCGAAGCCUUCUCAACAAUCCCCAAUACAGUGAUGUAUGCUUUGUGGUCGGUCAAGAACGGCAGGAGGUGUUCGCCCACCGGUGCUUGCUGGCCUGUAGAUGCAACUUCUUCCAACGACUUCUGGGCCCAAAGCUGGGCCCUGGGAUGCCCAGCCCCGUGGUACUAAGCUCCGUGCCGGCAGAUGCCUUCCUGGCAGUGCUGGAGUUCCUGUAUGCCAACAGUGUCAGGCUGCACCGCCACUCUGUGCUGGAGGUGCUGACAGCAGCUGUGGAAUAUGGGCUGGAGGAACUACGAGAGCUGUGCCUGGAGUUUGUGGUGAAGGUGCUGGAUGUGGAGCUGGUUUGUGAGGCCUUGCAGGUUGCCGUAACCUUUGGCCUGGGACCGCUGCAGGAGCGCUGCAUAGCCUUCAUAGAGACCCACACCCAGGAGGCGCUCCGGACCCGCGGCUUCUUGGAGCUGUCGGCGCCCGCGUUGCUGCCCCUGCUGCGUAGCGACAAGCUCUGUGUAGACGAAGCUGAGCUCGUCCUGGCUGCCCGGAGCUGGGCGCGCGUGGGCGCGGCCGUGCUGGAGCGGCCUGUGGCCGAGGUGGCGGCCCCGGUGGUGCGGGAGCUGAGACUGGCCUUAUUAGCCCCGGCGGAGCUGAGCGCCCUGGAAGAGCAGAACCAGCGGGAGCCGCUCAUCCCGGUGGAGCAGAUCGUGGAGGCCUGGAAGUGCCACGCUCUGAGGAGAGGGGAUGCGGCCCGGGGCACCCCGUGCCGCCGCCGGAGGGGAACCCUGCCACGGGAGCAUCAUUGCUUUCUGGACCUGCCCUUUAAGUGACCAAGGCCGCGAUUUGCGAGGACUUCUGGGCCUGUCCCAAACUACAGCUCCCGAUAUGCCUGGCUCUCAGAAGGGGCUUCCGCCCCCAGCAUGCCCUGCGAACCGGAAGCUGGAGAAACCGCGAUCCAUCCCGCGCCGCGCCCUGUGGGUGGGAUUAAGGGGGAGGGAAAGGAGGGGAGGGAAAGGAGGGGAGGGGCGGGGCUGGGGCGUGGCGUGGCGUGGUCCCAAAGCGAUUUCCUUUGCGCUCUUACCCUGUCUCUUCAGCGCCUGUGGCCACGUGGGCCUGGCGCCUUUACUUUUAUAACCCCCACAUAUUUUCAGCUCAGCUCCCUCUUUAUUCCAGACCUAGCUCUUGGCGAUCUCUCCCCGAACGCCCGACAGACACUUCAGACUCAGUUUGAAACUGAGCCGCCUUCUCAUCUUUCCUAAGUUCUGCCCCCGUCGUGUUUCUCAUCUACGUCAGUGUCUAAACCAGAAACCUGCCUUCCCUUAUUCCUCCUCACAUCUGCCUCCCGUGGUUUCCAUCUUCUCAGAGACUGAAUGCUAGCAGAAUGUGCCAAUCCAAAAUAUGCCUCUUUGGUGUAAGGAUUAUUUUAAACUAUUUUGAGAAACAGCUGAAGCUCCGGAAACAGUACACAUUGCCCUUUUGUAAGAGAAAUUUAUAUUUAAAAAGGAAAUCUCCAUUUGUAAGGGUGUCUCAUUCUCUGUACCAGAAAAGGAAGGAUGGUGAACUCACAGGAAGACUUUGGUAGAUAAGGCACCUACUGGAAUCAGCUGAACAAACCUUAUUUUUUUUUUUUUUUAAGAUUUUAUUUAUUUGACGGAGAUCACAAGUAGGCAGAGAGGCAGGCAGAGA